AUGAUAUUCAUCGAUGAUUAUCCUAUGAAUUAUAAACCUUUACUGCAGCAACAGCAACACCACAAUCAAAACCAAUAUCAACAAGGUCAACAAAGUCAACAAAAUCAACAAAAUCAACAUUUUCAAAACACUCAAAUAACACCACUGUCCAUUUUCAGUAGUGGAAAUUCAAAUUUAUAUAAUCAACACCAACACCAAAACCAAUAUAGCAGUAGUAAUCAACAACAUUCAUCAUCAUCACAAUCAUCCAUUUUCAGUAAUAGUAAUAUAAAUAGUAGUAACAGUUUAAGUAAUAGUGGUAACAGUUAUUAUAAUACAGCAACCAAUAUAUAUACACGUGGAAGACGUCCGUCCAUUCAGACUGGUGGAAAGUCGGGUGUCGACGAAGAACGAUUCGAUAGUAACAACAACAAUAACAACAAUAACGACGCCUACAAAGACGACGAUGACAAGAAAAUGAAUAUAUAUUAUAGCGGCGGUAGUGGUUACAGUUGGUGGUCAAUCCUCCUCAUGGGAGUGCUGGCGCUCGCCAUCGGAUUCCUCCUAAUAGUUUACUUCCAACCGAAUUUCGUGGUGCGUGCACUCUCCAAUCAUUUCAAUGGCGAAGUAGUGUUUUUCUCAGAGAAUCGCAAUGAGAUUCGCACGCGAAAACUGGUUGCGCUCACCAUUGACGACGCGCCAUCGCGUGACACCGAAGCGAUUCUCGACAUCUUUGAGCAGUACAAUGUGAAAGCGACGUUCUUCCUCAUAGGAAAGCAUGCAAUGCGAUCCGCCUACCACCAGAGAGUACUGGAUCGCGUACUCGACCAAGGUCACGAAAUUGGCAAUCACAUGUGGCGUGACGAACCCUCGAUCAACUUGGAACUUGACGAAUUCGAACGUCAACUCAUUCAGGUUGAUCAAAUCAUAAACCAAACCUACCAAAAAUACUAUGAAAGACUAUCACUUCGUCAACAACUACAAGAUUUAAAACAAAGAGAAGAAGAAGAAGUUCAUCAACAAGAAAAACAAGAACAACAACCACAACAACAAAAUAAUCAAGAAGAUUCAACUGAUUCUUCAACCACAUCAACAACAAAUUUAAAUACAAUCAACAAUAGUAAUGAUAAUGAUAAUAGUAAUGAUAAUAAUAAUAAUGUUGAUUGUAAUAAUAAUAAUAAUAAUAUUUGUAAUUUAAGAAGAAAGAAACUAUUUAGACCUGGAAGUGGAUGGUUCAAUAGAAAGAUGCUGGAUAUCGUAACGAGAUAUGGAUAUACUAUGUGUCUUGGUAAUGUAUAUCCACACGAUCCUUUCAUUAAGCUGACAUCACUCAACUCAUGGUAUGUGACGACCACAGUGUCACCCGGUUCCGUUAUCAUUCUACACGAUCGUGAAUACACUGCAGAUACACUCAAAUCGAUUUUACCAAAGCUCAUAUCCGAAGGCUAUACAUUCAUAACACUUUCAAAUCUAUUAGAUAUCGAUGAAAAAUUAAAACAAACUGAAUUACUUAAUAGCAAUAAUAAUAAUAAUAACAAUAACAAUAAUAAUAUUGAUAGCGAUGAAGAUAAUUUAAAUAAAAAAGCAUUUUAA